AGUUCAUCUCUUCCUCGCUCCCUUCCCCUGUAGGGUUUCCCGCAUCAGCACCAAACCACUGCAGUCGCAACAACCAGCAAACAUUGCAGUGUGGAGGCUUUACCAUAGCAAUCGUUUCCUCUUUAAGAACUACACCCAUACCCCGUACAAGCACCCCCCCCCACCACACACACAGAAGCUCUUCACACCAUAAUGGGCCGUCUUGAAGUCCGCGUCUGCGGUGCGCGUCACAUCGGUGACACGCAGAAGGUCGGCAUCCCCGACCCCUACGUGAAGAUCAUCAUGGGCGACCGCAAAAAGACGCAGAUUCUAUACAAGAGCAAGGUCGUGAACAACAACCUCAACCCGGUGUGGAACGAGCUCGCCAAGUUCCAGAUCGCGGACUACGACUCCGCACAGAUUGUGUUCGAGGUGUGGAACGACAACGUGAUGGUGGACGAUUUGCUGGGCAGCUACGCGCUCUCAGUGAACGGAUUGCAGCGCGGCGUGGUGCACGACAUGUGGGCCAUCUUGACGGGUGCGAAGCUUUCGUCGGCGGAGAUCCACUUGCAGGUGUUGGCCGUGGACUUUGGUCUGGACCCGGCUCCGGGAAGUCGCUGCGUCGGCUCGAUUGAGGAGUACAUCAACUCCACCGCAGCGAAGCCCGUCAUGAGCGCCACGGAGGCGAAUGGAGGAGCCGACUCGCCUGCCUCGGCGAGCUUCGACCCGGUGAGCAAGCCGUCUCCGGCAAUGGGCAUUCCACUACAGGCUGCUGCCUCCCCUCCGGCCUACGCGCAACCGCAGCAAGCCGUCCAAUACGUACAGCAGCAACCUGUGCAGUAUGUCCAGCAGGCGCCACCGCCGCUGCAGCCGCAGCCCCAGGUCGUGUACGUUCAACAGGCGCCACCGCCGCCGCAGCAGGUGGUAUACAUGCAGCAACCACCGCAGCAACCGGUGUACUACCAGCAGGGCCCUCCCCCGCCGGCACCGCAAGGCGGCUACUACGGGCCUUCACCUCCGCAGCAGCCGUACUACUACGGACCUACUCGUUUGUAA